AUGCCUUCCCAUGAACAGACUCGGGAUUCCUCCGUCGCUGGUCGACAGCAAGAUCAAUGCCCACAAGCACGAGGAGGGUGGAAAAAUUUCAUAUCGUAUCUCAUUUGGCCACAUUGGUGUAUAACAAGACUUAUUCGUUGGCUUAUUGGAGCAUCAUCACCUGAUCACCCUAUCCCCGAGAGCAGAUCAACCUGGGAAACAUGGGCUUUCUCGAAGGGAAACCUUCCAAGUGAAGCUCCGAUGGCGCGGACAACACUUCGUACAAACCGCUACCACUUGGCUAGAUUGCGUGCUCAGGAUAUGGCCCGGCAGUCUCAUGGCCAGCCUCAUAUCCCUCCCACAACAAGGAGCUUCGACUUCCCAAGUUUGGGAUAUGUUGAGAACGGGUAUUUCAUCCCUCCCACAAGCCAUUUUGACAACAACAGUCCUGCCCUCUCUAGUAGUCAUAUGCUAAGUGCCGCGGUUUACCUAAGUCAAGAUGGGGCUACACCCCUUACUGCAGAAACAGUUCGUUGGCCUUUCCUAUCCUCAUCUUCUGAGUACGGUGAGGAAUCAGACGACGAAUCAGGCAUAGAGAUGGAAGAUGUGACCCCCAUAGCUAAGCUGUCCGGAUUCAUUUUGCCAUCUUCUUCUGAGCCCAACGAUAAUACAGAUGAAGAAUUUAAUGGGAGAAUAGGAACUGUGGCCUCAACGGCCAGGGAUUUCAAAAACCCUCGCACAGCCCUUCCGAUUGCAGCUGACGGUUUUGGUGAAACUUUGUAG